AGAAACAUCCAGGCCGGGCCAGUGUCUUGGGGCUGAGAGGAAGUUGUGUGUCUCCCCAAGAGGCCAAAGUGCAUGGACCUUGGCCUCUCAGGGCCAACAAGGGCCAUAAGAAACACCCACGAGACCCAGGAAGAGAUAAAGCUUCACAUCCAUUCAGGAAUAUGGAGUGAAUCUCCAUCCCCCGCCCUUCCCUUCUCAGAUGGAGUUUCAAGACGUGAUCAGCUCUUGGCUCAGCAAAGAAUGCACAGCAUGAUCAACUCAGUGGAUGUGAAAUCAGAAAUUCCUGUUGGAUUAGAACAAGUCAGACCAUUAGAUUUGCGAACUGAUAUCAGGAUGAUGGCACCCAUGAUGGAUCCCUUGAUGCAGGAAAAGCAGUUACAACAGGAAUUAAUCCUGAUUCAACAUCAGCAGCAGAUUCAGAAACAGCUUUUGAUAGCAGAAUUUCAGAAACAGCAUGAGAAUCUGACACGACAGCACCAAGCACAGAUCCAAGAGCACAUAAAGUUACAAAAGGAACUCUUAGCCAUUAAGCACCAACAAGAACUUCUUGAAAAAGAACAGAAACUUGAACAACAGAGGCAAGAACAGGAAUUGGAGAGACAUCACAGGGAGCAAUGUCCACCAAUCAAAAGCCGAGAAAGAAGCCGAGAAAGAGCAGUGGCCAGUACUGAAGUGAAGCAGAAACUUCAAGAGUUCCUGCUGAGUAAAUCAGCGGCAAAAGACUCACUGUCUAAUGGAAAGAAUCAUUCCAGUAGCCGGCGCCCCAAGCUCUGGCACAUGGCUUCCCAUCAUACCUCACUAGAUCAGGCUUCUCCUCCCCUUUGUGGGACAUCUUCAUAUAAAUACACAUUGCCAGGGGCACACGAUGCCAAGGAUGACUUUCCACUCCGCAAAACUGGUUAUGUGGAGAGUCAAGGAGAUCAUCUUGAGGAAAAGGUAGUGUUUGGAAGAGAUUCAGCUUCCGAACCCAAUUUGAAAGUUCGCUCCAAGUUAAAACAAAAAGUAACAGAAAGAAGAAGCAGCCCUUUACUCAGAAGGAAGGAUGGAACAAUGGUCUGCUCAUUGAAGAAAAGAUUAAUUGAGAUGACAGAAUCAUCAGUUGGUAGCAGUUCUCCAGGAUCAGGCCCAAGUUCUCCAUGUAAUGGUCCUACAAGAAAUACAGAGAAUGAAACAUCAGUAUUGCCUUUGAAUUCCUCAGCCGAGGUUCCACAACACUGCAUUCUCAUCAAUGAAGAAUCAAUGAACCUUUUGAAUCUCUAUGCAUCUCCUUCUUUACCUAAUAUCACUUUAGGACUUCCAGCAGUACAACCACCACUCACAGUAUCAUCAUCAUUUGCAGAAAAACAAAAGAAUGAGAUGCAGUCCCCCAGAGGGACUAUCAGUUCACUUUCAAGUCCUCAGCCCAUUGUUCCAGAGGGAAAGCCAAACUAUAGCCAUCAGGCUAUCUUGCAACAUUUGCUAUUGAAGGAGAAAAUGAGGCAGCAAAAACUUCUACCCAGAGGUACAGGGCCUCUUCAUCCACAGUCACCAUUGGCAACCAAUGAAAGUGUCUCACCUGGCCUAAGAGCUGGACAUAAGUUACCUCGACAUAGGCCACUAAAUAGAACUCAGUCUGCUCCCCUCCCUCAGAGCACCUUGGCUCAACUUGUCAUUCAACAACAGCAUCAGCAGUUUCUGGAGAAGCAGAAACAGUACCAGCAGCAAAUUCACAUGAACAAAAUGCUUUCUAAGUCCAUAGAACAAUUAAAACAACCUGGCAGUUUGGAAGAAGCUGAAGAAGAACUUCAAGGAGAGCAUUUGAUGCAGGAAAAAGGAGCUGUCCCUGUUGGUGUCAGCAUUAGGGAUGACAGCAGUAGCAUUUCUUUGCACAACUUGGGACAACCUUUUGGAGCUGUGAAGGUGAAAGAGGAACCAAAGGACAGUGAUGAUGAUAUUCAAAAUCAGCAAAUGGAAUCUGGGGAGCAUUCUGCUUUUAUGCAACAGCAAGGAAAGGAAAGGACAGGACAUUUUGGCCUUGCUGAGCUAAAAGGGAAACAUAAGGAUAAGAAGAUGAACUGUCACAUUUCUGAGGCCCUGGAGCAUUUACAGCAACUGCAAGUGUACCAGGCUCAGACGCCUACAAUUGGCACGAUGCAUGUAGAUGAGCACCAGCCUAACGCCAGGACACAGACUUCCCUGACAACUUGUGUAUUACCUCACCCAACCAUGGAUCAGUCUAUUCAACAAACCUCCAUGACGGGUGUUGCAUAUGACACACUAAUGUUGAAGCACCAGUGUUUGUGCGGCAAUUAUGCCAACCACCCUGAGCAUGCUGGAAGAAUACAAAGCAUUUGGUCAAGGUUGCAAGAAUGUGGGCUGUUAAACAAGUGUGAGCGGAUUCGAGGUCGAAAAGCCAGUUUGGAAGAAAUACAGCUGGUUCACUCCGAACAUCAUUCACUGCUCUAUGGCACCAGUCCCCUGAACAGACAGAAGCUGGACCCCAGGAAAAUCCUAGGCAGUGCACCUCACAAACCUUUUUCGUUGCUACCCUGUGGGGGUCUUGCUGUGGACAGUGACACCAUUUGGAAUGAGCUGCAUUCGUCCGGUGCUGCACGCAUGGCUGUUGGCUGUGUCAUCGAAUUGGCUUCCAAAGUAGUCUCAGGAGAGCUGAAGAACGGUUUUGCUAUUGUGAGACCCCCAGGCCAUCAUGCUGAAGAAUCAACAGCCAUGGGGUUCUGCUUUUUUAAUUCGGUUGCAAUUACUGCCAAAUACUUGCGAGACAAGCUAAAUAUAGGCAAGAUAUUGAUUGUAGAUCUGGAUGUUCACCAUGGCAACGGUACACAGCAGGCUUUUUAUUCUGACCCCAGCAUCCUGUAUGUCUCCCUCCAUCGCUAUGAUGAAGGCAACUUCUUCCCUGGCAGCGGAGCCCCAAAUGAGGUUGGAAGUGGCCCUGGUGAAGGUUAUAAUAUAAAUAUUGCUUGGACAGGUGGCCUAGAUCCCCCCAUGGGAGAUGUGGAGUACCUCACAGCAUUCAGGACAGUGAUUAUGCCAAUCACCUCUGAGUUCAACCCUGACUUUGUAUUAGUAUCAGCUGGCUUUGAUGUUGUGGAAGGACAUGAACCUCCUCUAGGCGGGUACAAGGUGACAGCUCAAUGUUUUGGUCACCUCAUCAAAGAGUUGUUGACACUGGCAGGUGGUCGCAUGGUGCUAGCCCUGGAGGGAGGACAUGAUCUUACUGCCAUCUGUGAUGCAUCAGAAGCUUGUCUAAAUGUUUUACUGGGAAACGAGUUGGAACCCAUCUCUGAAGACAUCCUUCAUCAAACACCUAAUGUGAAUGCAAUGGUUUCAUUGCAAAAAUCCACUGCAAUUCAUAGGAAGUACUGGAAGUCUGUGAAGCCUUACAUCGUGCCAGUUAGCUGUAAGCUGGCUGAAACUCAAGAGAAAGAGGAGACAGAGGCAGUCUCAGCCAUGGCCUUACUUUCAGUGGAUGUUGAGCAGUCUUUUCUACCAGGACAUGGCAGAGUUGCUGGCGAGCCUAUGGAAGAAGAGUCAGCCUUGUGAAGUGCCAAGUCCUCCUCUGACAUUUCCUGCCAAUCCUGUGCUACACUUUUAAGAGAAAUAAGCAAAAGAGACAUUCCUGAAGUUUGCUGGAAAAUCUAGUACUUUUGCAGAUUAUUUUUUCUUUUGGAGUUGGCAUGUCAGUUAUUCUCUUCCACUGAAUCCCAUUGAAGCUUGGAACUCAGUAGCAAGUUUCUGAGAGGUAUCUCCUGUUAUUUAUUUUCUUCUCUGAUGAAUAGUAAGAUUAUGCCACAAGUCCAUGUGGAUUCAUGAGUGUUACUGAAGAGCUGUGCCUUUUGCUGAUAAUGAAUGCUUAAACUCUUACACAUGUUGCCUUAUUGUCACAGAAAAGGAAGGAGUAUGAGGUGUUUUUGGGGGGGUUGCAAAUAACAAUAGAAAAACUAUCUCACUAAAAUCUUUCUCUCAAGACACACAUAAAUGCUUUCUUUUGUUGUUGACACAGACAUACACAUCUGUACUACAAACCUAUACAAACAGAGAAAAUAGUGUAUUAUUUACUGUUCCCCAUUCUAUUUUACAGUAUCUGAUACUGACAUUCCUUUGAUCGGCAAGCAACAAUAUUCUUUUAUACAUUUUCCAAGCUCAAAGAAGAUAUUAAAGCCAUAAGUGAACAUUGUCAUGCUUUUUAUUCAGAAAUCUGAAAGAGACUUUAAUUAAAACAAGGUUCAGGGAAAGCCAGAAUAUGAAAGAUAUAAAACAAUGUGGUUUCAGUUAUAGCAGAUGCAAACCUGUAAAUCAAAGAUGAAAGAUUUCACUCAAAUAGAAUUAUAUAAUUUUCUUUUGUUAUACAGAUGGAUUGCAUUCCCCCCUCCAAAGUGUUUUAGUUUGUUUACAAUUAAUAUUUUAAUGUGAAAGACUUUUUACUAUUCAUAUGGAAAUUGUCUGAUAUAAUUUGGAAAUCUGAGUAGUGUUUCAAGUAUGAAACUGCAGGAGAAAUUCACUAGAUUCAUUAUCAAAUUAUAUUUUGUUAUGAAGUGAGAUGGAUACCUACUAUUAAUUAUUGGAAAGAUAAUUUAUCAUUCAGUUCCUGUGUUCAUGAUUAAUGAUAUUCUGAAGACAUUAAACUAUCCAAGUGUCAAUACAGAAUUUUGUCCUUUGAUGCAAAUAAGAUUACAUUUGUCAAAAAGGUAAUAUAUUAUGAACAUUUUUCUAAAGAAUCCUGCAUGAAAAAUUAUUUUGCCUAUCUAAUAGUUAUCCCAUUAAUUAUGCUUCAUGAAAAAAAUCACUGCAUCUGAAAUUGUUUAUUAUGUCACUUGAUUUUUUCAUGUCAUAUUUUAAAUGGGAGUACUAGAAAUGAUCUGCUUUCUAAUAUUAACAUUGUUAAUAUUUCAAUUUCAAGACUGUGUAAAAAUUAACAAUUGAAGAAUGAGCAAUCAAGAUUUGAUUGAUUUCUUUCUGAAUUUAUAGUAAGAAAAAUAUUUAUUUCAGAUACAUCACAUUUAAACUGAAUACAAAUGAUUUUGAAAAUUUGAACCUGAAAGCUUGCACAGCAUUAUUUGGAAUUAUAUCUUAUUAAGCUCCAUGGAUAUUCCUUUUGAGCAAACAUGCAUGGUUCUGACUUGAAAUUAAAUUUAACUUUUAAUUUAUUGCAAGGUUUAUGCGAUACAACCUUAUUUUCUGGUAUAAACAGAGCAAAACCAAAAUGACAGUUUCAAUCACCUACCAAGAAGAGUGGAAAACUUUGUGAUUAUCUUUAUAUAGAGAUGAUAUAAUAGCUGAUAAUAAGUAUUUUAACUAAUUUUACAUGCUCUCAGUUCAUUUUAUAGAGCUUAUAUAUAUCACCUUAUAGUAAAUAAAGGAUUUGUUAGAGAACAAUAUGUUAAUUAAAAUGGGAGCAAAAAAGACACUGAUAUAAAACUUUGUUUUUCUUUUUUGCAGUUAAAAUCUUAUAAUAAAUUUAGUACUUUAAAGACUGAGACAGGGAUAAUUCAUUCAGUGUGUGUGUGUGUGUGUGUGAAAGAAAGAGACAGGUAUCUUAAUAGAAAGAUCUUAUGCUAUAGCAUUAUUGAUGAUCAUCAGUAAUUAACCUUCGAUUUGAAGUUUCAAUGUUAAUGAUGAUUCAAUUAAACCAUCUCUUAAAACUUUUACAACUGAAUUGCUUACUAAGGACCUUUGAAUUUAUCUGGAAAUUCAAGAGUCUUCUGCUUGGACACUCAUACAGUUUUACCAAGUAAAAGCUUUAAACUAACUUGAUUCAAUUAGUUUUUGCCUGAUUUAUACAUGUCUAAUCACUAGGAUGAACCUAGGAUACAUCUGGCAGAAAUCUAGAAAAGUCAGUGAGAUCAAGAUGUGCUGGCAGUAAUUUUAAAGUAAUGGAAGCCAAUAUAUGCAUUUCCACUUCUUAUUUAUGAUGCACUAAAUACUUCACAGUAGUUUGCCAAACUAUAAGAAUAGGAUUCUAUAUAACUGUAUAUACAACUGUUUGAAAUGCUGAUCUCUAUAAAUGUGACAUUCCAAGUUAAUGCAUUUGGCACAGGAAAAAUUAGAAUGACAAUAAUUGCUGUAAAAUAUUGUAUGGAUUUCCUUUGAGCAGAAUGGAGAUCCAACAUCCAAAAAAGAAUGGAAAAUGGUUUAAUUUAAUUUAUUUUUAAUUAGACUUUAAUUAUAGUUGGUGAAACAUUCUCCAUGUAUUUAAUUAUUUUUUCUAUCUAUCACCUUAAAAAAAUUAGUUUGGUGAUAAUUCCUGGAUAAGUUGAAGGGCACAUUCCAAGCUUUUGAAGAUCCCAUACAAUGAUGGCCUCUUUAGUUGGGAGCUCUUAACUGCAUCCAUAUGUUUUUCAUUAUUUUUUUCUAAAUCAUGAAAGUAUUAAAAUGUUUAGAGAUCUAGUUUACCAAUAAGAUUAAUCUGUCUAUAAAUAUACCAAUUCUAUCUGACUGGGAGAGUCUAGAAUGGAAUUAUGAUGAAGGGGAAAAAAUUAACACCAUCCCCUGCCACUACAAUUUCUCCUUCAUAUCUUUGUAUUAUGUGCAAGUCUUAUGAGAUAGAGGCUAAAAGUGGAAAGAAAUUAUAAUGUCACAUAUUUAUCACAAAAUCUAGAAAAAGUGGUGAAUACUAGGAAGGAAAUACUAGUCUAGGAGAAGGGGCAUUUAGCAGAAAAUGGUUGUAGUUUACCCCAUAAUCAUUCAGUUUCAAAAGUAACUUAUCAUUGUGAUCUUGAGACAGAUGUUCAGAACUCCUAAAGCAGGGGUUUCCAAUUUCGGCAACUUUAAGACUUGUGGACUUCAACUCCCAGAAUUCCUCAGCCAGCUUUGCUUUGCUGGCUGAGGAAUUCUGGGAGUUGAAGUCCACAAGUCUUAAAGUUCCCAAGUUUGGAGACCUGUCUCCUAAAGAAACUAAGUCAAACCAAUUUUGCUGUGCUCUGGCUACUAUAUGACAUUCUUAUCACUUCACAGGAACCAAUUCAUGGAUCCAUUCACAUAAUAUAAUAUAAUGAAGAGGAUUAAGUAAAUCUUUAGUCUUUGUUCUUUAUUCAUGCACACACAGAAAUGAAAUAUGAACCAUUUUAGGCAGGAAAGGAAAACUCAUGCAGUAAUCAGAUAAAAUUGAUGCACCAGGUUCCCGCUAUACCAGAAUUAGAUGAAUUCCUGAUGCUUUCAUUCAAGAACAUUCCUAUAUUCAGUUAAUCUACAUUCAUCUGUUACCUCUUUAAAUAAGUAUUAUUUAAAAGCAUAUGCAUAUUUAUAUAUCGUAAAUGCAUUUCAUCAUGUCAAAGUAGGCAUUUCUGAAUAUAGUUUGGCUAAAAUUAGAUAAUUUUAAUCUGAAAACUGCUUCAUAAUACAACAACGUGAAAUUUGAAUCGUAAAUUAAAAAAUACAGAAAUACAAAAUACUUAUAAUUAAAUACAAGACCAAUAAACCCUUCAUGAUAAGUUACUGGCUUGGAGAACUGUUCCCUCAUCAAAAAUGUAUAUGUCUUUAAAUGAGAGGAAACUAUAUUAAAGUUUUGCCAUAACAUGUAUGGCAGAACAAUCUUAAAGGAAAUAAUGUUUCAUAUCCAAAUACAUAGCUAAAACUUCUUUUAACUUAUCAAAUUCUUUAAAAUGUCAAUAAUUUUGGCAGAAUGAAAUCUAAAUUUAACAAAUAUUGUUAAUGAUGGAAAUCAACAAGGUUUUAACGCAGUUUGAAGUGAUGUGGAAGGGAUACAUGAGUUCCUUUUUAUUACUUGAUAGUUUUCAAACAAGUCUGAUUCGUAGUUUUGAAAAUUCCCAUCCACCCAAAAUCAAGUAAAACUGGGAUGAGAUGGCAGAACACAAGCAGUUCCAAUUUUGUGUCAGUUCUGAAAAUAAAGCUAGCACUUAUUCCAGACAUAAAAAAGUAAUGUUGAAAUUGAAUACUGUGAAGAACCUAAUAGUUUGCUUUUUAUUUUAAAAUAAAUGUUUUUCAUCUAAAACCAAUGGGAUCAACCAAUGGAAAAACAAUAGGAUCUACUUUUUCCCAGCAGUUUGACUAAUUUUGAAACACAGAUGCCUUCAUUAAAGUCUUUCUGCAUCACAAUAUUCCUCCUGGCCACAUACUGAAAUUAAAACAUCAGCAAAUCCACAUAACUGAUCUUGCAAAUAGAAUCUGUUUAAACCAUCAAACAUAGAGCUUUAAUGCUCUAUGAGCUGUAAUGGCUAAGAAUCUCUAAAAUGAGAUUAAGAGGUGGUCUUAAAAAUUGGAACUCUAGAAAAUUCCAAAUUUUUACCAAAUUCAAUGUGGUAAAAACUCAUCUAUCACUGAUCAUCUUUCCGUAGACUUUCAUUAAGUUGCAACAUUUUUUAAAAGGUAUCUUUGUCUUUGUUGCAAUUCAAUCUGUUGCAAUACUGUUUUAAAUACAAUCCCACAUAAAAAGAAGAAAAUCCAUAUAUUAUGUGAAAGUUACAACAUUUCUGCUUGAAAGUGAUCCUAUUUUACUUCAUAAUUAAUUUUUCUCCCAUUUCAGGAAUAAUGUUUAAAGAGCUCCCAUGGAGUUAUUUACAACAUAGUAGAAAGAGAUUUCAGCCUGUAUUUCUCUCCAAAGCUGUCAUUCAUGUUAAUGGCAGGUUUCUCUUCAAAUGCCAUUACUUCAGCCUUGGUCAGUCAACUGCAGUUAUGAUUUUGACAAUAAAAUUAGGAUUCAUUCAAUGUCUCCAUAUUUUAUCGUCUAAUUGGUUGGAAUUUUUCAAUGCCAACAAAACAUUCUGAUCAUACAAGUCAAGGAUCAUGCAAAACAAUCAGGUUGAUACUGAGGACUAUAUUUAGGUUUGUUCUGCAUUUAGGUUUCUUCCAAAAUCCCAAAGAAUCUGAGAAUACAGAGGUGUAGUUCCAGAACAUCUGGAAGGUACCAGAUCGAGGUAGGGUGUAUGAUGUUGAUAUGAAGAAGAUGAUUCAUGAUAAGUACCUGAAUGCAUCCAGAAAAUAAUUUAAAGUGUUCAUAAACUUUUUACAUUGGAAGUAUGUAAGGUCUGGAAUUGCUUGAAGUUGCCUUCAAACAGUUUUUUUUUAAGUUCCUUUGGUCUUGUGUUUUCUAUAAUUAUUUGGCUCUGCUCUCAUUCUUGUGUGCAGUAAAAAGCCUGUUUGAAAUAAGAUCAGUGUGUGUGUAUAUGUGUGUGUGUGUAUUGAAAUAGAAGUUUCGGAAGUAGUAUCUGAACAUGCCACCCUCGUUGAAUCAAAGGAAUUUGGCUAUUAAAACAUGAAGACACUGAGCACCAAGUGCUAGAGUGCACUGAAAAAAGAAUAAGCCACAAGCAUUAAUAUGAAAAUAAUGACACAUGUCACCCUGAAACCACAGAACAAUUCAGAGUAACUUCAAAACUGAUUCUAUGCUGAACUUUGUUCAUUUGCCAGUUGUUGUUUCCAAGCCUAUUUUUUUUUCUUCAUUUAAAAAAGGGGGACACAUCACAGGAUCAUCUUGCACACAAUACACUAAAUUUGCAAAUGUUUGGUGAGAAAGUACAAAAAUUUGUUAAAGCUAACUCCCUAAUCUGGCAGCGGUUCCUUCUAAUCUCAUAUUGUAACUGUAUGCAGUUACUCAAUAGAGAAAAAUAUUAUUUCAAUGACAAGAAAGAAUUCUACAGACCAGGAGAAGUACUGUCAUUGAGAUAUCUAAAACAGAACUGUGUAUCCUUCCUUCUAAAAAAAUUUCACAAAAUCUCAAAAACUCAUGAGAUAUGAUCAAAUUUAUACAAAUUUUAGAUUUCAUGAAUGGCACAAGUUCUUAUAUGAACACAUAAAUUUCUCAUGAAUUCGUAAGGUAAGAAUGGUUAUAAAAAUCACAUCAAGUUUUAGCAGUUUAUGUGUGUGUGAGAGAGAGAGUGUGUGAGUGUGUGUGUAUGUGUGCAUUGCUAACAUGGAUAUAUAUAUGUGUGUGUGUGUGUGUGUGUGUGUGUGUGUGUGUGUGUGUAUUCACAUUCCACAGCCAACAGAGAAAUGAUUAAAGAAUAAUUUCACAACAUUUGGAAGAUUUUAUUUUAUUUUUAUUAAUGAGGGUUUGUUUGGGGCUAGAGAGCGGAUAAGACUAAGCAGGAAAUGAAGAACACAAACUCCAGUAAAACAAGGCCUCUGCAAGCUAUGAAACUAAAUUAAAUGAAUCACUGGAAUUUCACAAUAUCACUAUUCUUAGAUUUGAUUGUGUGUGUGUGUGUUCUUUGUCUUAAAAAGGAAAAUAAUGCCAUCAUGCUCUGACAGACCAGGGAGGGAAAUGUGUGGGCAUUCAAAUGUUGCUUGUCUAUUAAUUCCAUCAUCCCUCACCACUUACCAUGAGGAACUUCCACAACUAUUACAGAGGCCAUCCUUGUACAGAAGAUCAAUAGCAAUUGAUUUGUUAGAUUUCUCUUUUAUUGUCAUUAACCACACCAUUGGUUGGCUAUUAUUUUACUAUGUUAAAUAUUGCCAAAUAUUACAUGAAGCUAAGUAUGCCUUUGUGUAAGUAGCAGUUAAUUUUAUUUUUAACCUGUAUAUCAUUAGUUAAGAGCAAGGAUCAGAGUGAGAAUGCCUUUCUCUUAACUCUGCAGGAAUCAGAUUUACACCCAGAAAUACAUUUCAGUUUACUGCAACUAUAUCCUGCCUGUAACACUCUAUAGAUACAUGAGUUUUCUGUUCUUUCACCUAUGGCACAUGUCAAAACUUCAAUUAAUCUUAUAAUAUUCACAAGCAUUAGCUUCUGAUCAAUACUAUAAAAUAAACAUCCAUUGGUAUCCUUAAAUAGUAGCCUUCCAAUUCCCUUCUAUCUAGGCCAACAACGCUUUUAUAUAUAGUACUAUCAUUUUUGUUAUUAUUAUUAUUACUGUAGUGUUAUCCUGCUUCUAUCUAUCUGUAUCAACGUGGUAAACAUACAUAAGACUCCUGUCUCCUAUUUUCCCCAAAACAAUAACCAUGUGAAGUAGGUUUUCCAGAGAGAGAAUGAGUGCCCAAAGCUAACCAGCUGUCUUUCCUGCCCAAGGCAGACCUAGAACUCAGUCUCCUGAUUUCUAGGCCAGGACCUGAACCAGAGUGGCUGUUUAGGCUCCCAUUCUCAAAGGUGUAUAAUUUACUCAUAUCUAUUACUAGUUUUUCAUAUAAAAAUACAAAAACAACUUGUCUGGAUAAUUUAAGUACAUAGCAAAACCUCUGCAAAUGUUAUUGAGAUCACUGGAACAACUUCGUAAAUUGGAAUAGUAUUAUAGCUUAACUUUCUUCUUAGUCUCAUUGUAUAUCUGCAAACUGAAUCUGCAAUCAUAUGUUUUUCAUUAUUCUUGGUGCACCCUGCAUGCUAAAUGUGCAUUUCCUAAAAUAAACCUCUUUGAUAAGUCCCUAAUGAAAA